UGGAUGGGCAUCCUCGCCUCCUCCUCUUCCUAGGCAAGACCCACUUGGUGAAGUCUCCUCGGCCAGGCACCUCUGAGCAGCCCUGCAGGAUUGCCAGGUGGAGGAAGAUCCCCUUCAGCCCCUGACAGUAUUCUGAAUUUUCUGAAAGCCAGACCUAAUGGCUCAAGACGUUGGCAUCAAUUCUCUCCUGAGGUUCUGACUGGCUAUUGAAUAUCUGGGAUUGCCCUUUCCUAGAGAUGGAAGGUUCCACUAAGUUUCUUCUUGAAAGAAGCAACAGGAUGAUCUGGAAGCUUGCUUUAUCCUUUGUUCUUGUUACCACUCUGGUCCAAGUGUCAGAAACCAGAAAAAAUCGUCCUGCAGGAGCUAUCCCUUCCCCUUACAAAGACAGCAGAAGCAACAACUCAGAAAGGCGACAACAUCUAAACAAAGAGGUGCUGGCUUCUAGUCAGGAGGCCCUGGUGGUCACAGAAAGGAAGUACCUGAAAAGUGACUGGUGCAAAACGCAACCCUUGCGGCAGACCAUCAGUGAGGAGGGCUGCAUCAGUCGCACUGUCAUCAACCGCUUCUGCUAUGGCCAGUGCAACUCCUUCUAUAUCCCACGGCAUGUGAAGAAGGAAGAGGAAUCAUUCCAAUCCUGUGCCUUCUGCAAGCCCCAGAAAGUCACCUCCUCUUCUGUGCAGUUAGAAUGCCCUGAACUGGACCCACCUUUCCGACUUAAGAAAAUCCAGAAAGUCAAGCAGUGUCGCUGCAUGUCUGUGAACCUGAGCAAUACAGGCAAACAGAGAAAGUGAGGGCCAGCAGUUGACCCAGCCAGAGUCAUCAUCACCUCUCUCUUUUUUUUUCCAGAGACAAACUGGCCAAUUGUUUUUGUUUCUCUUGGUUGAGAUGUUCCUGGAGCAGCACCAUUUGUCUAUUGGGAAUAAUGGCUGUUCCGAGGCUUCAUUCAUAUUACCAAAGCAGCUGUUUAACCAUUGAGUCUGCAUUACUAGAGGCAAAGGCAGCAUCAGUCAUGGGGUUAAGAACACUUUGGUAGCCAAACACCCAACACUUAACACUUCCACUAUGUGGAAUCCCAUCUCUGCCUUUGGAUGAAUAGAUGGCCUAGUGAAGUCUUCAUACUUUUCUCCUCCUCAGUUUUGAAAUAUUUCAUUUCACUAUUGACAGCCUACUGCUUUCUUUCUUUGGCUGUACUGCUGACAUGGAUAUAGUCGGGAACAGCCCCUAUGAAGCCUGGCUGAUAAAGGCAGUUGAAAUGGCACAUGAGUCUUAUCUUCCAUGGAGAUAAUCAACCUGCCACUUUCCACUGGAGAGACCAAGAAUGGAAUUAUACACCUUGUCAGCUAGAUUGUCUCAAGCACAUAUUUCGACUGCAGUGUUUCACUUGUACUGCAGCAAUAGCAAAGUGUUGUUACACUUGUUAAUAUAGACAUAAGCAUGCAUAUUUUGUGAGAUGACUUAAGUACCUGAAGGGCUAAGAAAAAGCAUCUUCAGCUGUUGAAUCAGGUUGUCCCUUGAAAAUGACAGAAUUUUUUAGUAUUGUUAAUUUUCUCACACAAUUUUUGCAUUAAUUUAAACCUUCCUUCCAUCAAGUCACUAUUGUGUAUUUAUCCUAAUCUUAUGCUGAAUCGGUACAGUACUUUUUGUGGAAGUAAACAAUAUUGUGUUUAAUUUAUUAAAACACGGUGGCAAAAACAGACAAAAUACUGUAUUUUAUAACAGAGCUAAAUCAAUCUCUGCUUCCUGUAUGAAAAUUGUAUCUGUGUAGGGGGAAAUGUGUAGUAUGUAUAAAGUGACUUGAUCAUCCUAAUUCAUACCAUGUUGCAUGUUAGGUUUUAGGAUAUUCCACAUGCAGACAUUUAGGAUAUUCCACAUGCAGCUUCUAAAAUUGGUUUGGUAACACUGACAGUGGUCCAUCACAUGUCAUUGAGCUUUGCAUUUGCAGUGGCUGUAGCUGAAAGAAUCUAGUAUUAUGAAGAUUUUUUUUAAGGGUUAAAGAAAUUGUUUCCUUCAAGCUGUGGGUUUGGUGCCAACUCAAGGGUUCAGUGGCACAGUUCUCUAUUAUGUGAGACUGGCUGUUUUAAGAAGCUUUGGGGGACUGAUCUCUGCUAGUGCUCACGAAUCGGUUUAUGGGGAUUGGCACGGGGAGGAGGGAUUGGGCAGUUAAGUUAUCCUUAUAUUUUUCUCCCUUGCUGUUACACAAUGGCAAAUCUGCACUCAGGAAAAUACAACAGAGAAUGCUGAAACUGAUGGUAUAUGCUGCAGUUGCCAUACAUCACUACAAUUUACAAGCUUAUCAUGUUUGGACAAGAUGGGUGGAUGAGAAGAAUUAGGAUGCCCAAAUCAUCAUGUACAGGCUUAGGGUCCAGGGCUGCUGAUUCUUGAAGGACAAGAACCUAACAAUAGGUUCUGGUGGUUAUAAUUUAGAUGAAAAUUUAUUCAGAAACUAUGUUAGGAAUAAUGCGAGAUGAAAGAGAAAAUCCAGUUACUCACCUGGCUCCUUACCAAUUUGUGAUAAACAUAUAUGCUGCAGUG